CGACGCCACGCUCGCCUCGUCGACGCCAAACACUGAUACCGACGCAGACGGCCGAACCGAACACUACCCUACGAACGUGUCUUCCUCGCUCAUUUCCCUCGUCUUCCGACUCUCCUCCUGCCGAUUACAACGUUGGUCUUCCCAGCUUCCGGUCUACGGCAACCCCAUUAACCGCAAUUCCCGUCCUGUUUUCGAAACCAACCCCCCUUCAAUUACCUCAAUCGAGAGACAGCUUGGACGGCUCUGGUCCAGGACACGCCCUACUAUACCCAGGCGUGAGCAAAAAACCAAACAAUAUAAAAAGUUCACCGGGGCAGUACCAUAGCAGCACUGGCCAGUAGCCCUUUGUGUGCCUGAGGGAGAGAGCUGGCACCGAACCUGAAGACUCGGGCCCUUUCCCUGGCCUUCCUUCUUUCGCUUCCCUCCAGGUGUCAUUGCACACCUCCCGGGACCAACCAUGACCAUGAACGACGCGGUCGUCAAGGUCGAAGCUACCACUAUGACGACCAAUUCGGCCGGUGCUGCCGCCGACGAUAGCGCCUCUUCGAUCACCGUGAACACGAAAGCUCCGGCCAAUUUCCCCCCGCCCAAGACGGACAAACCUCGUCCACAUGUUUGUGGCACUUGUCAGCGCUCAUUUGCUCGUCUCGAGCACCUGAAGCGUCAUGAACGUUCCCAUACGAAAGAAAAGCCCUUCGAGUGUCCCGAGUGCACGAGAUGUUUUGCGCGCCGAGACUUGCUGCUGCGUCACCAGCAGAAGCUGCACCAGACCACUACCCCGUCGUCUCGCCCGCGUGCACGUCGAGAGAGUACCAGUGGCACGCCUGGCCAGAGUAGAGCACGCAAGAACAGUGUCGCUGGCCAUCAUGCGGGUGCUGGAACCAACCCGGGUUCGGGUGCCGCUUCGAUGCGACCGAGGGCCAAUACCAUUAGUCACGUCGACGGCAGCGCCAUGCACUUGAUGGGCGGCUCGGCCAACCCUCAGGUGGCUCGCAUGCCCCCUUCGCACGGUCAUAACCGUCAUCCUAGUCUUGCCGGCCUCCCCAUGCACCACCAUAUGGACGCGGGUUUCGGAGGCAUGGCAACAGCCAUGAGCCAACGUGGAGUCAACCAUAACCUGCCCAAGCUGGAGACCCAUGCCAUAACAAACAGUAUGGACUUUACCAACAACGGCCUACGUACGGCCCCGCCCAUGGCUUUCAACGGCGACUUCGACUUUGAAAACCUCCUCUUCGGUCCGGGGUCGACCAUCAACCCCAACGCCCUGCACUACAAUGAUUCACCGCCAUCCUUGGGGCUGGACCCGACAUCCCCCUUCCUGUCGGGCCUGCAUGAUGGUAUGCCCGACAUGAUGCUGUCCGCCAACCACCAGAUGGAUGACAGCUUUGACUGGCUCACCGGCUUCGAGCAUCAAAUGUCCUUCCAGGGCGCGGACAACGCCAUCGACGGCUCCAGCCCUUCUGCCGUCAGCAACGUGAGCCAAAGCGGCAUCAGCGACGUCAUGCUCGAUGGUUCCAACCGCCACAUCUCCGCCGCGGCCACCACCUCCGCCAUGUGGCAACCCGCCCUCAUGGCCCCCCCGCAACUGCCAAACACCUUCUCCAUGGACCUGAGCGGUUCUGUCUUCCCGGACCUGCUGAAUGGGGCUCCCAUGUCGCCGCAGCCGCAGCCGCAGCCGCAGCCGUCUACGGCCCAGAAAGGCAAUGAUGUGUACUUCUCGACCCCUCCACCCUCCAUGAGCUCGCUCAGCCCUUCUCUCGUCCCCGGACUUAACACUCAGAAUUUCAACCAGGCCCUCGGCUUCGCUGCCGGUCCGGACACACCCUCCUCUAUCAACGGCGGAAACCACGGCGUACCUCCCGUCUCCACCAUCACCGACGCGACCCGCACCGCCAUCGUAAACGCCUUGUCCCAAUGCUCUUCCUUCGGCGGCCGCAAGUAUUCCUUCCCGAACCCGGGCUCGCCCAUGUCACCAGGUGUGCAGAACAACCCCACGACUGUGCCCGAUCACGUAAAAACCCUCCCCAGCACAGCUGACCUCCAGCGAUACGUUGGGUGCUAUCUUCGCUACUUCCACCCCCACAUGCCCUUCCUGCACAUCCCCACCCUGUCGUUUGAUGUUCCCCCCUCUUCUUCCCAUAACCGCUCCACCACGCUGGCGGGGAGUGGUUGUCUGAUUCUCUCCAUGUCUGCCAUCGGAGCCCUCUAUGAGCGGGACAACGUGCAAUCCAGGGACCUUUUCGAGACGGCCAAGAAGAUGAUCCAGCUGUACCUCGAGGAAAGGAGGAAAGCCGAUGUCAGGAAAGCCGAUUUCCGAAGGACUCCGGGCUCGGAUUCCAACUCCCAAUUCAACGAGGGCGCAGUUCAUACCCCCGUCUGGCUGGUCCAGGCGAUGCUCCUCAACGUGGUGUACGGGCACAACUGCGGGGAUAAGACGGCGAACGACAUUGCGUCCACGCACUGCGCCGCCCUGGUAAGCCUUGCGCAGGCCGCCGACCUGCUCCGCUCCGUCCGGGUCGAACCGUCCGAGAACUUGGAUAGCCAUAUGACCGAUGACAGCUCAUGGAUCGGCGGCGGCAGUAUGCGGCCCGAACCCGAGGAGCAGACCGAAUGGAUCCAAUGGAAAACCACGGAGGAGCGGAAGCGUACCCUCUACGCCGUCUUCAUCAUGUCCAGUCUUCUAGUAGCUGCGUAUAACCACACUCCGGCCCUGACCAAUUCGGAAAUCCUGCUCGAUCUGCCCUGUGACGAAGAGUUCUUCGCCGCGGAGAGCAGUACGGCUUUCGCAGCCAGAGGUGGUGUCCGUGGCGCUAACCAUAACCGCAUGACAUUCCACGAGGCCUUGGGCGAACUCCUUCGCGCCAACGAGAAGCGGCAGAAGCGAAUGGCGGCGCUCAAUGGAGCGUCCGGGGUACCUACCCAGCUGGGCAGUGCAGCUGGGGCCGAGCUGAAGCCCUCUACGUUCGGCUGCUUGAUCCUCAUCAACGCACUCCACAACUACAUUUGGGAGACGCGGCAGCGCCACCACAACAAGGUCUGGACCACCGAGGAGACGGAGAAGAUGCACAGGCACAUCGAGCCGGCGUUGAAGGCGUGGCAGGCUGCGUGGGCGAGCAACCCGAGACACAGCCUAGAGCGGCCGAACCCGUCCGGACUGGGACCGCUCUCUGCGGAUGCCAUACCGCUUCUCGACCUGGCCUACGUGCGCCUCUUUGUGAAUCUCUCCCGGUCGAAGGAAAGGUUUUGGCAACGGGACUGGGACGGCAUGGCCGAAGAGCUCUCGCGCGGUAGCGAGGUUGUCCAGCAGAACGAGCAGUCGCCAGCUUCCAAUGCCGACUCCAACAGCACCGAGUCCUCGGAUGCUUCGGCAGCGAGCUCCGUCUUUGUCGAGUCGCCUGCCACGCAACAAUCAGCUUCGCCCGAAUUUUCGGCGGUCAAGUUCCCCGCCGCUCCGUCGGAGCAAUCGGCGGCCCAGGCGUCGUCGGGGCGAUCGACGUCGCGUCGGGAGAAGCACCUGCGCAAGGCGGCCUUUUACGCGGCCGACUCGCUUGCCAUGGCGGACAAGCUCGGCGUGACCUUUGCGGAGUUCUCCAGCAAGGAGUUGCCGCUGCAGUCGGCCAUGUGCGCCUUCGAUUGCGCGCAGGUGCUGGCGGAGUGGGUGGCGACAUUACAGGAUCGCGUCGGCCGGUAUCUGGGUAUUCUCGGUCAGGACGACGUCGACCUCACACAAGUGCCGGCGAUCAUGCUCUUGGAGGAAGAAGACGUGAAGCUUCUCAGCAAAGUGCAGGACGUCUUGGCCAACGCCGACAUCAAGAUCAAUGUGGAAGUGGUCAGCGGGACGAUGGCCGCCGUGCAGAUGGAUGACCAUAAUGGCUACGCCGCCCGGAUUUUGCGUGUCACUGCUUGUCUUCUCGAAAAAGCAGCUGUCUGGCCAGUCACCCAUCUCAUGGCACAGAGCCUGGAGACCCACGCAAACCAUGUGCGUGCCCGAGCGGAGAAGUCUGUCAUGGCUUGUGAGUGA